UCGCUCUAAACCUCUUGCACUAUAAUGACGACCUUAAACACAGGAAAACGGAAAAUAAAAAUUAUGUGAAAUACUAUAAGGAAAUCGGAACUUGUUUAUGACUAGUCAGCUGUUUUCAUAUGCUGGAAAAAGGAUUAUAAACGAAGCAAUUUGGCAACCCAGAUAGAUAGGGGUGCGAGAGACAGAUGAGGGAGGAUUUGCAGAUUUGCUCAAAGCAUCAUGAGCAGUGUUGGAGCAUCACAGCACGCACAUCGCUCCUGAACGCGAAUGUACUGUGAUCGUUACCGAGCGCGAAGCUUUAGCACGCGCUGUCUGUGCGCAUGAGAGGCGACGAGGCCCCGGUUUCCGGUAUGUAGGAUCCAGAGCCAUGAAAAUGCUGCGCCUCCGGAGCCCGAGCGUGUCUUCGCUCAGCCGGGAGAUCCACUGCACCGUGCGCCUGCUGGACGACUCGGAGAUCUCCUGCAGCAUCCAGAGAGACACAAAAGGUCAGUUCCUGCUGGAUCAUGUCUGUAACCACUACAGUCUGCUGGAGAAGGAUUACUUUGGCAUCAGAUAUGUGGAUCCUGAGAAGCAGAGGCACUGGCUGGACCCCAGCAAACCCGUGGUCAGGCAGAUGAAAUGUCAGCAGCCAUACACCAUGUGCUUCCGGGUGAAGUUCUACCCCCAGGAACCCAUCAAGAUCAAGGAGGAACUGACGAGAUACCUGUUGUACCUGCAACUGAAGAGGGACCUGUACCACGGCCGGCUCCUGUGUCCGCUUGCCGAUGCUGCUUAUCUCGGAGCUUGUAUAGUGCAGGCUGAACUCGGUGACUACGAUGUCGACGAGCACCCGGUUGACUACAUCAGCGACUUCAAAAUGUUUCCCAAACAAAGCCUCAAACUGGAGCGCAAGAUCACAGAAAUCCACCAGAACGAGCUGAGGGGUCAGUGUCCAGCCCUGGCUGAGCUGAACCUGCUCCAGCGAGCUCACACACUGGACACGUACGGCGUGGACCCUCAUCCCUGCAAGGACUUCACCGGGGCAACGGCAUUUCUCGGAUUCACUGCCCGAGGCUUUGUUGUUUUCCAAGGAAACAAAAGGAUCCACUUGCUCAAAUGGUCACAUGAUCCCGUCUUCUCUCCCAGGCCGGAUGUCAGCAGAUUUAAGUUUGAAGGGAAAACGUUCUACGUGAUUGGAAUACAGAGAGAGAAGAAAUUGGUUCUGACGUUCCACACCUCCACACCAGCAGCCUGUAAACACCUAUGGAAAUGUGGUGUAGAAAAUCAGGCAUUUUACAAAUGCGCAAAAUCGAGUCAGAUCAAGACCGUAUCCAGCAGCAAUAUAUUUUUCAAAGGGACUAGAUUUCGCUACAGCGGUCGUGUUGCUAAAGAGGUGAUUGAAGCCAGUUCAAAGAUCCAGAGAGAACCCCCUACCUUUCACAGGUGUCAACUGGGUCAGAGCAGAAGCUUUAUCUCGCUCAGCCAUAAACACCUCAUAAUGAAUAUGGAACCUCUGCUUCCGGCACUCAGCUCAAACAGGGAAUACAGGGAGGCCUCAGCCGACCACGGUCUCCUGGUUUUGCAAGACUCGGUUCACUUGUCCCCGAUAAAGCCAUCCAUGCUGCCGGAAGACCCUGACCUGGAGGACACGGAGUACGAAGCCCAAGAGACAGGACAGAAAGAAUCAUCCAUUUCUACCAAUGGACUGGAGGGAGAGUGGAGCAAGCAGGAGAUGGAGGAGGAUGAUGAAGACGGGUCUCACGCCAUCUCAGAUACAGUGUACAGCCCGUGUUCAAGCAUGAUGCCCACGCCGGUUGAGGAAACACAGGGUUGUGUGGACUUCCUGUACCAAAGCCCUGGGCGCUUGCUGAAGGAGCUCCAUGCCAGUCCAGAAAUGCAGGCAAAGCUUUGGGCUGAGCGGCAGGAAGAACUGACCCGAGAGGUUGCCCGUCAGUCACUGUGUAGCCAAUCAAAUGGCAAGCCACCGAUCCAGGCAUUCCUCCACAGUGCUGCCCGGCUCAUAGCCGUGGCUUCAGUCCUGCUCCUUUUCCUAUUGGUUUUCUUGCUGGUUCUGCUGGAAUCCGACCUGGACGUUUCAUUCCUACAGGACAUCCGAGAGACGCCCGAGUUUGAGCAGUUCCACUAUGAGUACUACUGCCCGCUGCGCCGCUGGCUCUGCUACAAACUCGAGCUCCUGACAGAGAAACUGUGGGGAGACUGAUGCUUACAUCUAAGAGUAUAUGGCUGCAAGGCCCUCUAUCAGCAGGGAUGAACUAUUGGGACAUGCUGAUCAGGAAGGAAGGUUUGCUCUCGUACAUCAUGCUGUUUAUUUAUUUAACUUGGACCCUCAGGCUGGAUUCACCCUCAACUGUAACUGUAUGCAAAGCCAUGAAUAGUAGAGGAGCUGCAAGUGCCGAGCUGCAACUCAAACACGUUCCAGGCAAGUUGCAGAGUUUUUGAGGUAGCAGUGAAUGAGUAGAAUAGAACUGUAGCUAAAAAAGAACUAACAAUAAAAAAAUAAAAAAAGAAACCAGCAGCUAAUAUGCCUGCAGAACGCUUCAAGAAGGGAUGCACCAAUUACAUUUCUUCAUUUCAUCAUCAAUCCAAUACUGAUAUCCGAGCUGUAAUUCUUGCUGAUAUUGAUUAGAUACUGAUAUUAUAGUAUAUGAGAUGCUGAAAUACCUUUUUUUUAUACUCUGAUAAAUUCUCAAUCCCGAUUGGUCAGAAGCUGUAUAUAAAAACAGCAGUUGUUCAUCUGGAAGGCAAACCCCAGGUUCUAAUUGUUUAGUAUAGUAGUUUAUAGUUACAGGUAAUUUAAUCCACAUAAAUGGAUAAAAAUGUGUGUGUUGAUUUAGUAAAGUUUUCUGUGAUGAGACAUUUAUUGAAAUUGUACAGAAGGAGGCUCCGCUGUCAGCUCUUUGUCACAGUGUGAGUUUAGGCUGUAACUUUAAGUGUCUUCAGGAUGGAGGGUUUGGCAGUAAAAUGACAAGCUACAUAUUUGUUCUUACUGUAGUGAAAAGAGCAAAAAAAAAAAAAGAGAGGUUAAUGAAGUUUACAGCUGCUAGAACGUAAGCGAUAACGGGAAGUGACUUGGAACUAACUCUAAACAGAAAUGAAAUAAAAGAUGGUGAUCAUUUGCAAACUGCUUCGGUAUAAAAGGAAUAGAAUGUGGCGUGAAAUGCUGUUAUUGGAAAAUAAUAAACCUGGAGGAUGAUAAUUGUAUGCACCGAAUUUAUGUGCACAGAACUAAGAACAUCGUGAAGGUUGUGCAAUUUUAAAUACAUCUAAAACCUUUUGGAUGUUGUUUGAAUGGUUUUUAACAAAAAGUGGAAUUAAAAGUGUGUGGGGUUUUGAUUUGGGGUAGGAUUGGCACAGGGGGGCAGCUUGGAGAGAAUUUCUUGGGUAAUUUUUCAAAUUUUAAGAAUCAUGCGGCAUCUUAAUCUUAAUUAAAUACUCAUACUAUAAACUAUACUUAUACUAUACUCAUUUGUGCAACAAAAGGGUAUGCAAAUACAGAGACACACUGACAUGUCAUGUAACAGAAGAGAUCACUGUUGCCUAGUUACGGUACACACACUGACACUCGUUGCAUUUUAGCCUUUUGGCGUUCAUUAUUCCGUACACCAUGUAUAUCAUCUCAUUUGAUUUACCGUCCCGUUGAUUUAUACGAGCCGAAAAAGUGUCCACAGAUUCACACGUUUCCAUCAGUAACCGAGCUGGAAAAUGGUUCAGCUCCAAUAUCAGCCUGAUACAGAUACUCAGUAUUGGAUUGGUGCAUCUCUUAUUUCGUGUUGUCAAAGAAGAUCAUUGUCUCAUGCAUUCUGAUCAUCUCAGCACGGCAGGAUCCUGUUAAUUAAACCUCAGAUGUUCUAAUUAAACCAGUAGCUACUAGUAUAAAAAUCCAUCUUAGGAUGAAUUAGCACAUUUCAUAUGCAGUUAAUUACUCUUCUGUAGCAAACACACCGACCCUCGGAUCGGAUCAUUCGGUUCGCUCUUUUAAGUUACUGUAAUAAUCAACAGCUUUGCUCAUAACAGACUCUCGAGACAAGCCUGAGACAAACCUUCCCUUCCUUGUUCCUCAAAGCCACAGCAUUUCAAUUCUUCAUUCUACAGUAAGGACAAAUGAGAUGUGAUAAAACUUCAAAUCUGUUUUUAGACAUUUUAUACAUUUUUAUGUCAAACGUAACUUUACUGCUAUUUUUCAGCAAAAGAAAAAAAAGGGGAAAAAAAAGGACUGAGCUAUUUUAUUUAAAUAGACCUAAUCAGGCAAGGCAGUGGAAGAGAAGUGAAAUAUUUUUCUGACUAUUAUGUGAUUUGCUGUGGACUUUUCUUAUACAAAACAGCACAAUAUGUUAAAAAAAAAAAAAAAAAAUUCAGAUUAUCUGAUGUCAUUAGAAGAUAUUGCAUGGUGAAGAAUGAAAUGAAUGAGUUUGUACGGGACAAAAUAAAUAUCAGGUUACAAGAGGUCAAAGCCAGUCCAUAUGCCUUUAAGGUGUAUGUAGGAGGUAGAAUUAGUUCAAAGAUGGAUCACUAUACAUUAGAAAAAAAAACCAUCAGACUGAAAUACAGGGGUGGACAAAUCAUGAAUUCAUUUGUUCAAGUAAAAGCAUCACUGUAUGAUUUAUAGCUGACUAAAAAGUGGUGGCUGAUGUAAUAUAAUUAGAUAGUUUGUGUGGUACAUAAUAUCUAUCCGAUUUUUUGAUGAAAGCUUGACAAAGAUCAAGUUCAACAAUAUUCUCUGGGUGGAAUUGCUUUCACUUCCCUGUCAAUCACAUCGACACUAGCCAAUCAUGAGCGUCUGUAAUUUGGCUGGCUUCAUUUGUCACAGCUUGCUAUCUGGCUUGCAUGUUUUUUGUCUUAACUGAUGACAUUGUUCCUAAACUUUAGAAAAGAUGUAGAAAUGAUUCUACUAUUAACCGGAUUGUCCGAUGUGUGUGUGGUGCGGCACAAUGCAGAAAAUGUGGAAAAUACAGUAGCAGCUGGAAAUUCCUUGAAUAUGGUCUCAUUUUGCUAGUAAAACCAUCUGCCAAUUGAAGACAAUUUAAAGCUCGAAAUAAGUAAAAGAAUAACCCAGACCUGAUAUGUGUUUAUCCUGAGUGCCCUGAGUACUGAUUUGUCCACUCCUGUUUAUAUCUAUCCAGUUCAAACUGGCUAAACAUCUUGGUCUCAAACACUCCAGUACAUUUUGCUCCAGAAGACAGUUUAUCCUUAAAAUAAAAGAUUAAUGUAUAAAUAUUUCAGUUAGUCAUUCAAACGUUGGAAACCUUAAUGUAAAGUGAUUCAAAAAUAGAGGAGAGAGUAGCACAAGGGCUAUAGACAUAUGGCAACAUACUAUCAUGCGAUAGAGAAGUGAUCACGUGUACGUGUGAAACGUAUAGCGCUGAACGGCAUUCUCAGGACCGCACGAGACUUACUGAAGGAUCUGCACACAGCCUAGUGUAUACUUUAUUGCAGCAUACCUAAACAUGCACAUACACCUAUCGUAUUCAUGCCUAUGUCAUUUACAGCUCAUCGGUGAUGGAUAAGCCAUUACGUACAUGUACAUAGAAAUACUUUGAGCAUUCUGCAUAUCACGUCAUAUUUAUCGUCACUAUAAGUGUAAAUGACCAGUUCUCCAGCAUAAAUUACUGUGACUAUAGAUGGUCGUUCCUGAAUUCAUGUGCUUGCGUUCAAACACCUUCAUUUUGCUAGUCGUGUAUCGAUCUACUGAGUUGACCGCAUGCAUCUGUCUGUAAAUACUGUGAACAAAAUACACACCAUUAUCAUUGAACGUGUCUCAGAUCUUGUGUAAUCAUCAUUGUAAGUAUUUGCAUGGCAUUUGUACAUUGUAGAAGUGGAUCUUAUUGUACCUCAAAUUGUCAGUCUUUCCAUUUGGGAUUGAACUCGGAUGAGACGAUCUCAGACGUUUGUUUCCAGUUUUAGGAAAAGAUUCUCUUAAAUCAUGUGAUGCUUAAAGCCUCAGUCAUGAUCGUAUGAUUGCUGCUCUGCAUUCUUGUUAAAAAAACAAAACAAAAAGAAAAUUACAAAAAAACACACAUAGUAGCAGUAGUAAUGUAGGUAGUCGAUACAAUGCUUGUGUUUUUGUGCAUUAAACCCUAACCUUAUGACCAGCAAAACCAGACAGCUUAGGGCUAAAGCUAAUGUUUAUGCUGUAGCUAUAUGCUAAAACACAUGUUUUCCACACGGGUGGACAAAUCAUAUAUACAUUAACUAACCCACUGGGCAAGUAGUAGAGUUUUUUGUUGCCUGGACCAACUGCUAGGAUAAAAAGUGGUAGCUAACACAGUGUAAUAAAGAAAGGGAAAAUAGUUUGCUAAGUACAGUUCAUUAAUACGCACUAAGAGAAAUGAAGAGGUUUGUAGUUAUUAUUCUUCAUAUAAUCCCUUCUUGGUUGAGACCUCAACAAAAAGUCAGCGAUUCAUUAGCCAAUGUUUCAGCCAGGAGCUGCUGCGUACACCUUCAGUUACUGCAAACCAUGAGGCGAUCGUGUAUUGCUCUAGCACGAAGACUAUAUGACGGUUGUUUUCAACAUGCUGCACAUUCUGAGAUGUUUUUCUUCUCACCAAGGUUAAUUAUACCUUAAUAAUACCACAGCCUUCCAUUCAGCUACAUUCAGUCUGGCCUCUGGUUUUUCUCAUCAAGUUGUUUCUGAUCACAUAAUUGCUAGAUCUUUUUCUUUUUCUUUCUUUUCCAUUUGCAUCAUUCUGUGUAACCCAAGACUGUUGUGCCCAGGAGACUAGGUUUCUAAAACACACCAAUAUUUACCCACAUUUUUAACUGGCGAAGUUAUACAUACAUACAUACAUUACAUACAUACAUUACAUACAUACAUACAUACAUACCAAAUGAAAGCUUUUGCUUUAUGAAAAACAAUAAAAAGCAAUUUAUUCCCCUCUGGUUCUCUAUUUGUCCUUCAGGCAACUAGAUAUAUAGAAGUAAAGUCCAGUACUGAUUUGUCCACUCCUUCUGUAAU